AUGGCCCGGUCGUUGGGGCUCCUCGCCUCCCUCGCCUCCCUCGCCGCCUUGGCAUCUGCCGAAACCACCGUCAAGCUGCUGGUCCUCGGCGACGAGUCCCCCUUUGUGGGCUCCGUCGUCAAGGCGGACCCCAGCGUCACCACGGUUCUCGUCAAGUGUCUGCACGAGACCUCCGACAGCUGCGGGCUGCCCCCUGGUGGUGCCACAAUCACCCAGGGCCUUUCUACCUGGCAUUGGGGCUACAGCUUCUCCAGCGGCGAUGUCACUCCCGUCACCCUGCAGGUCCAGGCUGAUUGCAAGCUUGAUCCGGACAAGGAGCUGGCCUCGUGCGCGGUGAUGCUCACCCAAUCCAGCGUGGAAUCCUCCGAGACGGUGGAAACGAGCUACUCUACCCUCAUGUAUCCCGUCACCAUUACCGCCGGGGCCGACAAACUCCCUGCGUCCCCUGCAGCCGUGGCGAGCGACACCAACUCGAUGGGCCCGACUGCCAGCGCCGGCUCCGGAAGCCAGCCAAGCAAGACCGCCGCGAGUGUCGGCACCGGCUCCGGAAGCCAGCCAAGCAAGACCGCCGCGAGUGUCGGCACCGGCUCCGAAAACCAGCCAAGCAAGACCGCCGCGGGCGUCGGCACCGGCUCCGAAAAUCAGCCAAGCAAGACCACGUCCGGAACUGCCAGUCAAGCGACUGCCUCUUCCGCCUCCGCCUCCGCCUCCGCCUCCGCCUCCACUUCCACUUCCACCUCCAGCAAGGGAACAAACGCUGCCGGGCCGGCAGUGACCCAAAAUGCUGUCUUGGCCGGCGUAGCUGCUGUGGUGGGAGGCGUCCUCGCGCUUUAG